AUGUGGAGCACGAAGGACGUCCUAGUGAACCUGUGCAUCCUGCUGUUUCUUUUCGAACGUGCGAGCUGUCUCAUUAUCCCGGAAGAAUUGCCCACGAUACUGUCGCUGAUCUACUCCAACAUACCGCCUAUAAAGAAAGGUACAGACUCGAGGAUCGGCGUCGGCUUUCGACUCGGCGAACACGCCGAUUUUCAGGUACUGUUGGAGCUAGGACCGCAGACCGAAACCGAUCCGAUUGGAAAUGUCGAUUCGAAGAGACGUCGAGACGCGUUGCUGAACGCAGCGAUGAGAGGAGAGCUCGGACCGUUGGCUCAGGCUGUGGCCAAGUAUCAGAUGGAACGGAAAUUACAGAGGGAAUUGGAGAGAUUGAAGAAGGCGGAGGAGAAGCUGAACGCGGUGGCCUCGACGGAAAACGACGACAAGAAGACCGAAGCUGGUGAAUGGUUAACAAAGUGGAGCAAUGAGAUGGUUAGAUCGUCGGAGGACCAACCGUCGCAGAGCGUGUCGACGUCGACGAGAAACCAGAGUGUACUGAGGAUAGGACGACCGCGUGAAUCGGUCGGGAAGAAAACUACGGUUACCGACUUGAAGAAGCUCUACGAAACGCCGACUGACGAAAAAACCGAGUGA